GUGUCUGUCACUAUGGGGGGUCACUGCUUGCGGGGGUGCUGUGAGCGAGCGCAGGGACGUGGCGGGUGCAGGCUGGGAUCCAGGUGGAAGGGGUGCGUGGGGGACUGGGGGGGCACGGAGAAUGACGAGGUGCCCGGGCAGUGGGAGCUUGGGGGUCCCGGUGCGGUGCAGGAGAAGUGCACAGCCCUUGGGAACAGCCUGGACGUGGCACCGUGGGUGAAGCAGGGGACUCUCUGCAGUCCAGGGGGGCAGCACAGACAGGCAAGAGGGCGGGUGUGACCCCGCCGAGGGGCUCGGCUCUCACCCCAUUCUCCAUCCCUGCUCAGGUCCCAGGGCGAGCCUCAGGGCAGCCACCAUGUCCCAGGCCACCACCUGCCUCAAGCAGGGGGAUGGCGGGGAGAGUCCCCCACCACCACCAGGAUCCCCGCACCUUUUCCCUCCGGAGACGCUGUUCCGACAGGCAUGUGGGGUCACCUACCGCAUCCCGGCUCUGCUCUACGUCCCCCCGGAUGAUUCCUUCCUGGCUUUCGCCGAGAAACGCUCUUCGGCCCGGGACGAGGAUGCCAAGUACCUGGUGCUGCGGCGGGGCCGCCGGCACGGCUCCUCGGUGAAGGAGCGGCACCGUCUUCCUCUUCUGCAUCUGCGUGGAGCAGGGAAAGACGGAGCGACGCCAGAUCUGGAGCGGGUGCAGCGCCGCUCGUCUCUGCUUCACCACCAGCACCGACGGCGGCCACGGCUGGGCCGCGCUGCGGGAUGUGACGGACGAAGCCAUCGGCUCCGACCUGGCCCGGUGGGCCACCUUCGCUGUGGGGCCGGGCCACGGCGUGCAGCUGGGCUCGGGGCGGCUGGUGGUGCCGGCCUACACCUACUACGUGCACGGGUGUCUGUGCGGAGCCCUGCGGCUGCCGUGCUUCACCCGCCAGCAUUCCCUCGUCUUCUACAGCGACGACGGCGGGCGCCGCUGGCACAAGGGUGCCCUGCUGGGCGGGGAGCGGACGGGCGAGUGCCAGGUAGCCGAAAUCCGCGAUGCUCAGCGCCCACUGCUCUACUGCAGCUCCCGGGCCCCACGGGGCUGCCGGGCCGUGGCGCUCAGCUCCGACUGCGGGCAGCGCUUCCAGCGGCCGAAGCUGUGCCAGGCGCUGCGGGAGCCGCCGCGGGGCUGCCAGGGCAGCGUGGUCAGCUUCCCCUCGCAGGCUCCCAGCUGCUUGCUGUACUCACACCCCACCGACCGGCGCUGCCGCCGAGAUUUGGGUCUCUAUGUGAACCCCUCACCGCUGGACGGGGAGGGCUGGCGGCGCCCCUGGGUGCUGCACUCCGGGCCCGCCGGCUACUCCGACCUGGCCGUCUGCCCCGACGGCGUUUUUGGGUGCUUGUUCGAGUGCGGCGCCAGCAGCGCCUGUGAGGAAAUCGCAUUCUGCCUCUUCACCCUGAACCCCUCUGGCGAUCAGGACCUCAAGGCUUCCUAAAACAAACCCAUUUUAGGCGGUGCGGUAGCUCCCGAGCGUCGGCGGCCGGAUCCCAUGAGCACGGCAGCACCGAGACCGCACCAGGGUAUUUCAAGCGCACCAGAGGCUCAGCAUCAUGUAGCUUUUAUUUAAUUAUGUCAUUUUAAUCAUCCGUCAGAUGUUGUUGGUGACCUGAGGCAGUGGAGGAUGGUGGAUGGUGGCAGUGGCCUGCUCUGGCUUGGCCAAGGGGGAUGCCAGCACAGCAUACAAAAUGCCACUGCUUCUCCAAAAAUCAGUAUUUUCCACCUGGUAGCAGCUGAAUAGCAGAAAGUGCCGGCAAGAGCAGCUGAUUCCCUGAGGAAAAAGUACCCCAAAAUAUCAGUUUAGUUAAAAAUAUUCCAGUUCCUGCAUUCCUGCAGGUGGCAGAAAAUUCCCAGUUUUUACCAUUUUUUAUCCUGUUUUCUUCGCUUUCCUGCUUUAGACUGAGUUUCUCCCUUCCUCCUGGGAAAAUGCACAAGAAUCUUGGGGGGUUGGGGGCAGGGGAAGUGUUGGGGAGUGUUUCAUUCUGCUCCGUAGGGAACAGGUUGUAGCAUCCUGACAGUGACAAUGACCUCACAUCCCCGUGCUGCUGUCAAAUAAAAU